AUGAAUAAACGAAAGGCACUAAUAACAGGCAUUGGUGGCCAAGAUGGCUCCUACCUCUGUGAAAUUCUUCUCCAGGAUGGAUAUACAGUCCAUGGGAUACUCCGAAAUCGCACGACCAGUGACUACAUCCCGGUAGCUGUAUCUCAUGUAUUGGCUGCAGCAGAAAAAAAUCCAAACAAACUUAUACUACAUUCCGGAGAUAUCAUGGACCCUUACUUCCUCUUAGGUCUUUUCAGGGAACACAGCUAUGAUGAGGUAUACCAUCUCGCAGCUCAGAGCCAUGUGGGAACCUCUUUUAAACUUCAGCUCUAUACAUGUGAUGUCAAUGCACUGGGGACACUUCGGCUCAUACAGACAAUCCUAACCUUGGGCUUGGAGAAAAAGAUCAAGUUUUAUAAUGCCUGUUCAUCUGAGACUUUUGGCCAAACAGUGGAAGACUAUCAGAAUGAAUCAACUCCUCUUUGCCCUGUAUCUCCCUACGCGGCGGCCAAAGCCUUUUCCUACUGGAUUACUUCAAGCGCUCGCAUCACUCACGGCCUCUUUGCUGUGAAUGGAAUCUUGUUCAACCAUGAAUCCCCCAGGAGAGGCCUUGGCUUCGUGACCCGAAAAAUCACCUUUGGUGUAGCUCAGAUUCAUCUGGGUUUGAAAAACUGUCUUAUGCUUGGGAAUCUGAACGCGCGGCGAGACUGGGGCCAUAGCCUGGACUAUAUGCGAGGUGUCUACAGCAUGAUGAAGCAGGAUGCGCCCGACGACUAUGUUCUAGCGACUGGCGAGACACGAUCGGUCAGAGAUUUUGUGGUGACCGCAUUUCAAAUUGUGGCAAUUCAGCUGAAUUGGAGUGGCAGUGGAAUUGAAGAAAUCGGUGUCGAUGCUCGUACUGGACGGGUUCGAGUUCGUGUAGACCCCGACCUCUACCGACCAGCAGAGGUUUCAUAUUUGCGUGGCUCUGCGCAGAAAGCGGCUACAAGUCUUGAUUGGCAACCAGAAGUUCCGUUCAAGGAAUUGGUAAAGGAGAUGGUGGAGGCUGACAUAGCAUUGAUUCAUGGGAAACCCACGAGAUUCUGGAUGGAGAGCAAGCUAUAG